AAAUAAAUAUCUCAUCUGAAUCAGAGAGAGAGAGAGAGACGAAGCUUGGACUCCCAGGGCCAGGAGAGGAGUAGAGGACUAUGGGCGGCGAUCAAUCCUUCUAUGUUCCCGCCAUGGAUUCCGGCCAAGUCCGCCUCAAGGAGCUCGGCUACAAGCAAGAGCUCAAGCGCGAUCUCUCGGUCUUCUCCAAUUUCGCCAUCUCCUUCUCCAUCAUAUCGGUUCUCACGGGUAUCACCACCACCUACAACACCGGCUUGAGGUUCGGCGGCACCGUCACUCUGGUCUACGGAUGGUUCCUGGCCGGCUCCUUCACAAUGUGUGUUGGCUUAUCGAUGGCCGAGAUCUGCUCCUCUUACCCUACCUCCGGCGGUCUCUACUACUGGAGUGCUAUGCUCGCCGGCCCUCGUUGGGCUCCUCUUGCCUCUUGGAUGACCGGCUGGUUCAACAUCGUUGGUCAGUGGGCAGUGACGGCCAGCGUUGACUUCUCUCUCGCACAGCUGAUUCAGGUGAUCGUCCUUCUCUCCACCGGCGGUCGAAACGGCGGUGGAUAUAAAGGAUCAGACUUUGUUGUGAUUGGCAUCCAUGGUGGGAUCCUCUUCAUCCAUGCUCUUCUCAACAGCCUCCCCAUCUCCGUCUUGUCUUUCAUUGGACAGCUUGCUGCUCUCUGGAAUCUCCUCGGGGUUUUGGUGCUCAUGAUUCUGAUUCCUUUGGUUUCUACGGAAAGAGCCACCACUAAGUUUGUCUUCACCAAUUUCAACACUGAUAAUGGCCUCGGCAUCACCAGCUACGCUUACAUAUUCGUUUUGGGGCUCCUCAUGAGCCAGUACACCAUUACAGGGUAUGAUGCCUCUGCCCACAUGACAGAGGAGACGGUCGACGCAGACAAGAACGGGCCAAGAGGAAUUAUCAGUGCAAUUGGGAUAUCAAUUCUGUUUGGAUGGGGUUACAUAUUGGGCAUAAGCUAUGCGGUCACAGACAUACCUUCUCUUCUGAGUGAGACCAACAACUCUGGUGGGUAUGCCAUUGCUGAGAUCUUCUACUUAGCUUUCAAGAAUAGGUUUGGGAGCGGUACUGGUGGAAUCGUGUGCUUAGGCAUUGUUGCGGUUGCUGUGUUUUUCUGCGGCAUGAGCUCUGUCACCAGCAAUUCCAGGAUGGCUUACGCGUUUUCGAGAGAUGGAGCAAUGCCAUUGUCCCCGUUAUGGCAUAAAGUGAACCGCAGAGAGGUCCCCAUCAAUGCGGUUUGGCUCUCUGCUCUCAUAUCAUUUUGUAUGGCCCUCACCUCACUGGGGAGCAUAGUGGCGUUCCAAGCAAUGGUGUCGAUAGCAACGAUUGGACUGUACAUAGCAUACGCAAUCCCGAUUAUUUUGAGAGUGACGCUUGCGCGCAACACCUUCGUGCCAGGACCAUUCAGCCUGGGGAAGUACGGAAUGGUAGUGGGAUGGGUGGCAGUCAUGUGGGUUGUAACCAUAUCAGUCCUCUUCUCCUUGCCCGUGGCAUAUCCCAUAACCGCGGAGACACUCAACUACACUCCGGUGGCAGUGGCUGGUUUGGUGGCCAUAACACUCUCAUAUUGGCUUUUCAGUGCCCGUCACUGGUUUACGGGUCCCGUCUCCAACAUUCUUAGCUGAAACAAAUCGUUGGGGGUUAUUUAUAGUAAAGCCAUUCUUAGCUG